AUGCAAGGGUUUCGCUAUCGCCCAGAACUUUUAGAAGGUGUUCCUGAAGAGCUCACCUACACGCUCAAGCAAUAUGAAGACUGGUUCUUGCUCGAGCCUCCAAAAUUGAAAAUGAUCUCCGAUCACUUUGCUCAGGAGCUGGAGAAAGGUCUGACCGUUGAGGGUGGGUCUAUUCCCAUGAACGUCACAUGGAUCAUGAGAUACCCAACAGGACAGGAGAAAGGACGCAUUCUCACAGUUGACCUGGGAGGAACCAAUAUCCGUGUAUGUGACGUCUGUCUUUCCAUAGGAAGGCAAGACUUCGAGCAACGUCAACGGAAAUACAAGCUCCCGGAAGAAGUCAAGACAAGCACAAAAGAAGUUCUGUGGGGGUUUAUUGCGGACCGAAUCGAAUCGUUCCUCAAGGAAAAUCACAUUGAAGCCAGUGCUUCAAAGCCACUACCGCUGGCGUUCACAUUUUCAUUCCCGGUGGAGCAAAAAUCUAUCCGCAGUGGCAUUCUGCAGCGCUGGACCAAAAACUUUAAUGUUCCCGAUGUGGUAGGGCAUGAUGUAGUACCUCAGCUGGAAGAGGAACUUGCAAAGAGGAACGUCCCAGUGAGACUAGUCGCCCUCAUCAACGACACAGCGGGGACCCUUGUCGCAUCACAUUACCGGGAUCCGCAGGUUAAGAUAGGUAGCAUUUUCAGUACUGGUUGCAAUGCAGCGUACAUGGAAGAAUGCCGGUUGAUCCCCAAGUUACGUGGCUCAGGACUACCGGAAGAUGCAACUGUAAUCAUCAAUACCGAGUAUGGUGCCUUUGAUAACGAGCGCAAGGUGCUGCCUUUGACUCCAUUUGACCGCCAACUCGACGCGGAGUCCGCCCAUCCAGGCACGCAAAUUUAUGAGAAAAUGGUGGCUGGCCUAUACAUAGGAGAGAUGCUGCGCUUGGUGAUGUUGGCAAUGCACGAGAAAGGUAUACUCUUCAAGGGCCAAGAUGUAUCGCGUCUUCGGACCGCCAACUCAUUAGAGACAUCGUUUUUAUCUAGUGUCGAGAUGGACAUUUCAGCCGGUCUAGCCGAUAUGAAAGGGGUGUUCAAGGAAAGACUCAAUCUGGACCUCUCGAUGGACGAGUUGAAGGCGUGUCGUCAUCUUAUCGGCCUUAUCGCGAUGCGAGCGGCGCGUCUCUACGCGUGUGGAAUUGCGGCCAUCUGCAAGAAGAAAGGGAUCCGUCAGUGCCACGUUGGGAUCGAUGGCUCAGUGUUCAGUAAAUACAGUAUGUUGAAGGGACGAGCAGUCCAGGGUCUUCGUGAUAUUUUUGAUUGGGAUCCAGAGAGACUGGAUUUGAUUGCUCUAAACUCGGCUGAGGAUGGCUCUGGAGUAGGAGCAGCGUUGGUUGCGAGUUUGUCUCUUGGCCCGGAUGAACUCCCAGAUUGUAACACAGACGAAUAUAUGUAA